AUGUCUAUCUUCCCUGCCCCCAGCGAAGAGAGGCGUUGUGAGCUCCUAGUCACAUUCACCACGGCCAUCAAGACAUGCGAAGAGGAUUGCAGCAUCUGCCUCGAACCCAUCACCGACAACGGCGGGCAUCAACUCCCCCUCUGCAAGCACUUCUACCACUACCAGUGCUUGCUCACAUGGACAGAGCAGAAUUCAACAUGCCCCAUGUGCCGCCAAGAGAUGUUCGUUCCGGCAAAGCCGGAGCGCAAAUGGGCCGUUCCCUUCGAUACCGGGGACUUGAUCAUCUCCGAGGCUGUGUACCAGCAGUGGAGGGAGAGCGAGGGAGGUGAGGAGGAGGUCAGGAAUUUCAAGGAAAUUUCCGAAGAGGAAAUUGUUGUGGGUGAACUAGAGUUUGGAAGCAGAGGGGAGGUGGGGUGGUGGUAG